GCAUUACUCCCGGAAAUGACCACAUUACCACAGCACUUAAACUUUAGCUCUUAGCUGUAGCCUGAGCUGUAACACAACAACCAACCCAUGUGCUGCUAACCUGUUUGUGAAAUCAACACCGCUAGAAGCGCAUGACCUGUUGUGUCUUCAGUUUCUAAGCUGGUAUGGAGCUGUAGCCCGCAUUUAACACAGAGGUAAUGGUCUCAAACUGCACUUUAGGGCUUUACGUGGUUGAUUCAGGAGCAAAAUAUAAUCUGGUGGUAACAAUACUGCGAUUUAGCCAAACAUGUUUUUUCCCCGUGAAUUAGCUAGCACUUACAAGCCAGUUUAGCUUUUCAUACAAUUGAUUUGCUGCAUAUUGUGAAAGCUUAACUGCUUAUUUAUCGAUGCCAAAGAUGUAUCGGUUUAUUGUUAUUAUAAAUAUUUCAUUGUACUGUACUACAUGUGUUUGUAACAAUGGUUGACAUGCGUAACUGAUAACCUAGCUUAUUGUUUUACCUGAACAGGUGUUUAACUUUUGCACCAGCACAUGCCAGUUGUAUUCCUGACUGUAUCAUUUUCAGUCUUGAUCUGUGAUGUCAAAUGAAAAUGGUUUUGUAAAACAUCAUGAUAGAUGAAAAAACAGGCCGACCACGUCCCCUUUGUUUACAUAACUGCACAUUAACUCUCUUCUCCUUCAGUGUUUCGUUAUGGUCUGACAGCUGCAGCAAGCACAAAGAUGCACAGCCGUCUGCAGGAGCUGAAGAAGGAAGAGGAGACCCUCCUCAAAAUCAAAGUCAUGCUGCAAGAUCAGCUGAACAGGUUAAAGGUAGGAGUGGAGUUCUCAGUGUGUGUUUAGGUUUGUGUUAUCAGCCACCAGUGGGUUACACAAGUAUGAAUAUGAAUUUUUUGUGUUUCAGUUUGAAGAAGGGGCCUUGAAAUCUAUCAUCAACGCACAAAAAGAAGCAGAUGCCACUCCACACUCGCUCCCAGUAACGGAGGUAAAUCAUCAGUGAACAAGCAUGUUAGCUGCUGAGAGAUUAUUAUCUGUCACUUAAACAUUACUUUUAGUUAUUUACACUCCCAAUAAUUUACAUUGAAGUGGGUGUGAUUAAAAUGUCUGACACAUUAAGCGACUGUGUGUUUUGCCGAUUUGCUCAAUCUCAGAAAGACAGUCUCUCUUUAAUAAAGUAUUUCUUGCAUCAGAGAUGUGUUUAAGUCAACAAUAUAUGGAAGUAAAUGUGUGCCAUCUGAUUAUGAAUUAGAAUUUCUAAAGCAGAAAUUUUUUUGCAUCAAAAUCAGACUUUGAAUUUCGAAACUUGAAUUUCAAACACGCAUUUUAUUUCUGACACUUUUUUUUCACAAUGAUAAAAUAAAUUCAGUUAAAAAAAAAUCAGUCUCUCAAAAGAUUUGUUUAGUAAAAAUUUAACUUAAAAAAAACAGUGUAAAAAAAAAAUUCUACAUAAAAAAUUUCUGUGUCAGAAAAUUCAGUGUAAAACAGACCAAUUCAACAUCCGGGUAACCAGGGAGAGCAAUCAAUCCCUGGCUCAAUCAUCCAUCAUCCAGCCAAUCAAAUAAUGCUAGAUUGGUCAUGUGGCACCGAUCCCAGUGGAAGGUUGAGGAAUCGUUUGCUUCUUCCUGAUUACCCGGAUGUUGAGUCGGUCUGUUUUACACUGAAUUUUUUUUUCAAGUUGAGUUUUUUUUUUCGAAUUUUUACUACACGAGUAUUUUGAGACCGAUUUCUAAAAAACUGAAUUCAUUUCAUCAUUGUGGGGAAAAAAAACAAGUGUAAGAUAUAAAAAUGUGUGCUUGAAAUUCGAUGGUUUUGAAAAUUAAAGUCUGAUUUUGAUGCAAAAAAAUUCUGCUUUAGAAAUUCAAAAUCAGAUGGUACAGAUUUACUACCAUAACUAUACAUGAUGUAAUACAUUGACAGCCCUAAACAUUAAUUGCUGCAUUUGAGUAUGUUAUAAUCAGAGUUAAUUGCCUUGUCUGGCAUUUGCAGUUUUUUUAUGACUCGUUUUGGCAAAAUUACGUAUUUUUUACAAAUAGAUCUUCUCUGAGCAUUAGUUUAGAGAUAUUAACAAGCUUUUCUACUAAAACUGCUUUAAGGAUAUAACAGGAUAUUCAGAUCAAAAUGUAUAAUAAUAAACAUGAAGAGUUAAAGGAGCCCUUUGCAACAACCCGUAUAACUGCAUUGUUAAACUGACUGCAUGGUUUUAUAUGAUUAUAUUCAAUAGUCUGUUAUCGUAAAAUAGAAUAUAAUUUUUCAUUUAAAGGUGCCAUCAACUAUUUUUCUGCUUUCAGGUUCAAAUCAACCUUGAUGAUGAGAGCGAGAUCAAUCAAACCAAACUGCUGCUGAAUGCCGCUGUAGAUUAUGAUAUGGAGGAGGAAGAAGAGGAGGAGGAAGAUGAUGAUGAAGAGGAGGAAGACGACGAAGAGGAUGGCGGGGAUGACAAUGAGCUUGAGUUUGUGCCUGAAGAGGAUGAAGAUGAUGAUUACUGAGACUCUGUGUGUUUAUGGGGCUGUGAUAUUUGCACCUCUGAAUAAGAAUCCAGUGUAAACAGAUGCCUGUUUAUUUGUUUGUUUGUUUUGUACUUUCACUUUGGAAGUUUAAUUUAUUUGGAGAGUGAGCAACAGUUGCAGUGUUUUGACGUUCGGUGCUAACAGUAUUCUCUCUUUUGCCUGAUUUCAGGCAUGCUGUCAGGAGUUCAGUCCAUGUUAGACCUUGUCUCAAAAGUUGUGAGAAAUGUCUCACAAAACUGACGUAACACAGUGUUAUUAGGUGCUUAUAGCUAAGUAGAUGUCCUGUGCAUUUUUAGGAUAAGCAUUAGUAUGUAUGGCUGGGCCAUCCAAAAAGUACUGUAUGUGGAUUGUGAAAGAAAUGAGUUGUAAGCACAAAAUAAAAUGUUUUGCAUAAGGCUCA